CUUUAUUCCCCCAUUUCCAUUCCCUCUAACCUCUCUCUGGACUUCCUUCUUUCUUUCUUUUCCCCUCCCAUAUCAUCAUUCAUCGUCAUCUCCUUUGUCUUCAGUUAGCUUCUGAUCAUAUUCAACUGAUCAUACUUAAUCUCUGUCCAACUCCCAUGUCCAUCUUCUAACUCCUUCCACCAACAUUAUGCAUCUCCGUUCGUUCCUUCUCGGGAGCGCCGCCGUUCUAGGCGCCAACGCUUUCCUAGUCGUUCCGGAAGUCGAAGUAGAGGCCAUCGCCUCUGAACCCGAAUUUGCCGGUCUUCAUCCCCUGGAAUCUCACGCUUCUCAGCAACAGAAUGUCGAUCUCCUUUGCACUGAGUGCCCUUUCAGAGAAGUCACCGAAAAUGGCAAGGUCAGCUGGACUGACGGUUUCCAAACCGCUUUGUCGCUGAACUUCUCGAUUGAGGAUGGUACCUUGCUGGCCAACGGCCGUCAGAUCUUCCCUCCCCCUCCUCCAACCGUCAUCACCGCGGUCCAGCGCCGUCUAUCGGAUGAUGAGGAGUCGGAGCCUAUCCCGCUGGGAUAUGCCGUCGAGAUGUUGCCGCUGCCUUCUCCGCCAGAGGAACCUGUCGAUUUGGUCGCUGUUCGCUUCACUGUCCUCGACUUGGACAGCCACCCCGUCCCGCUGAAUACCGUAGCAAUCAGCCUCCUCCACGACCCCGAGGGUAACCUUUACAUGGUCAAGACCGAUAUCGAGGACAACACCCCCAACCGUGUUUCUUGGAGACAGUGCCGCGGAAAGCCAAUGUGCCUGAAGAGACUUUUGUUCAACCGGAUUCGUGCGCUGUUCGCUGCCGCCAAAGCCCGUAUGCUCGGAGUUAUGGGCCCCAAGCCACACUGCGGCCGUCCUCGUCCUUCUCAUCCCCACCACGGUGGUAUGCCAUUCCCGCCCCAGGCUGAAGGCCACAUGGGACGUCCCGGCCACCCUCACCACCACCAUAUGCACCAUGGCCCUCACGGUAACUGGGAGCGCACUGCCUCUCGCGUUGCCCGCUUCAUCGUCAUCCCGGCUGCGCUGGGCGUUCUGGCAGGAUUGGCUGCCAGUGCUGUGGGUAUGUUGGUUGGCCAGGUGGUAGUGUUCUUGUGGCAGCGCUAUCGCCGUUCUGACCGCGAGGAGUCUCUUGAGCAAGGCACUACUUCUGAGAAGCAGGGCUUGAUGACCGAGGCUACCGAUGACCUUCCCCCUGCUUACAGUGACGAGGAAGGCCCAGCCGAGACAGCAGCGGACCACAAGAACUGAACGACUUUUUAGUUACUUUUUUGGGCGUUGAGAUAGACAGAAUGUUUCUUCUGGGAAGGACAAAGGAUCGGCGGGAAGCUAUCUCAG